AUGUUACGAAAGUUUCAAACAUGCGACCCACAGGCAGCACAAACGUUUUAUCAAGUUUACUAUCUGGAAACCAUGCAACAUAUCUUUGCUGUCGUAGCUGAAUGUUCGCACACAUCGGGUUUAACGGCUCAUUCUCAAAUCUUGGCGAAUCUAUUCGUUAUUGUUGAACAAGGUUUAAUUAAAGUUCCAUUAGCAGCUGAAGUUCAGGAUCCAGCGCAAAACUUGCUCUAUGUUCAGCAAUUUAUGGCUAAUCUUUUAAAAACAGCUUUCCCACAUUUACAAGAUAAUCAAAUCAAAGUUAUUAUUGAAGGUUUCGUGACCUUAGACCAAGAUAUAGCUGGUUUUAAAGAACAUUUACGUGAUUUCCUUGUUCAAAUACGUGAAGCCACUGGCAAUGAUACAGCUGAUCUUUAUCUUGAAGACCGUGAACAAACAUUGAAACGUGCAGCAGAAGAAAAACGUAAAAUACAAAUGAGUGUUCCCGGUAUUCUCAAUCCACAUGAAAUUCCAGAAGACAUGCAAGAUUAA